CAGCAAUCCAUUACACGCGGUAAUGGCCUGAGCGGUGGCAGAAGAUACGCUAGCGGCACCUUGUGGAGUCGGUGCGUUACAUGCGCUUGCGCCAUUGGUCGGAUCAUGUCCGCGCACUUAGUGGGGAGUGAAACGGGGCGUGCCGAGCUGCGCUGCUGCUGCUGCUUCGAUUUCGUCCUCGCUGCCCGCCUUCUCUUAACAGAUGCCGCUGUUUGACCCGGUUCUCCCUUGCGCUUUCUUUUCGCCGGUGCCAUGAUUAGACAAGAGAACUCGUCGUCUUAUCAAGAGCUAAAUGAAGAUAUGGAGUAUGGACCUGCAAAUUCUGAACCAGAUGAACCAUUAGAUGAAGAGGAUCAGGAAGAUACCAUUUCAACAAUCCUUCCAGUCCUAGAUGGUAGCAGCCCUUCAGUGCGUUUCAGCAAGUCCUGCCUGAAGAAUGUCUUCUCUGUAAUACUUCUCUUCAUAUAUUUGGCGCUUAUGGCAGUGGCCAUUUUUUUGGCCUAUCAAACCAUUGCUGACUUUAGGGAAAAACUCAAGCAUCCAGUGAUGUCUGUCUCAUUCAAGGAAGUGCACUCUUACGAUGCUCCUGGUAUUGCCCUCUACCCAGGCAAGGCUGAACUGCUAACCUGCAAGCAUCACUUCUACGAUUACAUUCCACCUCUGGUCAACCCAGGCCAGCCAGGGAAAAUUGAAUGUGUUACCCAGAGAAUCAACUACACAGAUCCAUUUACUAAUGCAACCAAGAAACAUGCUGUGAUUGUCAAAGGACCCCAAGAUGUGAAGAAACGGGAAUUGGUCUUCAUGCAGUUUCAUCUGAAUGAGACUGAUCAGGAUUUCAGUGCGAUAGACUAUCUUCUUUUUUCUUCAUUUCAAGAUUUUCUCAACAGUCCAAACAAGUCAGAAUUUAUGAAGGUGUGUGAGAGUUCCUAUUCCAGUUGGAAAUUCUCUGGAGGUUUCCGAACUUGGGUCAAAAUGUCUUUGGUGAAAACUAAAGAAGAAAAUGGUUUGGUGGCAGUUGAAUUCAGGCAAGAGAUUAGCGUGGUUAACUACAUUGAACGAAGGGCAAAAGCUGAUAUUGACCAGUUAUUUUUUGUGGUGUUUGAAUGGAAAGAUCCUUUUAUUCAGGAAGUUCAAGAUAUUGUCACUGCAAAUCCUUGGAACAUGAUUGCUCUUUUGUGUGGUAUAUUCCUGGCUUUGUUUAAAGCAGCCGAUUUUGCCAAACUGAGUGUGAAAUGGAUGAUAAAAAUCCGAAAACGGCAUCUCAAGAGAAAAACUCAAGCCUUGAACCAUAUAAGUUGAAAACAAUGUGCUUCACAGAUUUCUGCUUCACUGAGAAGUUCAGCUAGGAUGAUUAAACCAGUACAACGUCUAUGUUACACAAGAAAACUGCAUUGAUGGAAGGACAAAUUGCUUUGUUGGGCUGAACUUAACAUUUGGAAGUUUUAGAAAAUAACUUGACUCUUUAUAAAUCCACAGUCUUUUCCAAAAAUAUGAUUUCUUUUACAAGCUGCUACUUAGUGGUAAGAAUAUUCCUGAAAAAAGAAUUAA